GCGCGCGCACGCAGAAGGGAGGGGAGGACGCUGCGGGCACAACAAGGAUCGGGACUCUGCACCCUGCCUGUCCUAUCGCACCUAAACAUGAUGCUUUCACUUUAAAGACGACAGGGAGGAGUUGGAUGGGGGAAAGGAGGGCUUUUUUGAGAGCUUUACGCGGAGGAGGGAGCGCAGCUUCUCGGCCGAGCGCAGCCCACACAAGCUCGGCCGGAGACCAUCGCCUGUUCCCCCCCGCACGCGAAAGUCCGCGACAUGCCUCCACAGCGUCAUGCACAGCCUGCGAACGCUACCCGGAUUGGCAAGAUCUCUGAGUGCUGGAGUGCCUUUACAGUCCUCCGUGCGCAUUAAGGAAGCACAGAUCGUUAUUCUGAUUCUUUGUUAGAGAUAAAAAGCAGCGAGUGGCACCUCACCUUUUGACUUUUGUUACUAUGGAGAAUCUCAGUGAGCUCCAGAACCCUUUGUUGGACAAAAAUAGCAAGCACAUGGUCAACGGUUACGGAGGAGACUUCCCUAACAACCAGUACCAGGAAAACAUUAUUAAUUACUUUGCCGGAGGUGGUGGCGAGAGCGGCGGUGGCGGUGGUGGAGGCAAGGCUAGCAAUGUUGUGAGCGGAGGCGGUUACAGUAGCAACGCCAAGAUCAAGUCGCAGCAGCUCUUGGACGCCACCUCGCUGCAUCUGGCCGUGGAGGCCUUCUACAGGCCCAACUUCAUCCUGUACAAGGAGGACAAUGGCAGCAUCAAGGCCAAGGAAUACAAAAGCGAGUGCUGCGAGACCACCUUCACGGAGAAGAAGGCCAAGGAGACGUCCAACACCGUCGGAGGGGACGGCGCCGGCCCGGAGGACCCGCAGGCCAAGACGAUGGAGGACGGCGAGCAAGUCAAGAUCCAGACUGUUUCAUACGAUGUGGAGGAGGAAGAGUACGUGGAGUAUGAGACCGACUGCUCCAGCGACAGCGAGAGCGAGGACAAUUUCAUUGUGGUGCCUCCGCGGGACCACCUGGGCUUGGCCAUCUUCUCCAUGCUCUGCUGCUUCUGGCCUCUGGGAAUUGCAGCGUUUUACUUCUCGCAAGGGACCACCAAGGCGGUGCACAAAGGCGACUUCCCGUUGGCCAACAUCGCCUCUCGACGCGCUCUCUUCCUGGCCGCCCUCUCCAUCACCAUCGGUACCGGCGUCUACGUGGGGGUGGUGGUGGCGCUCAUCGCCUACCUUUCAAAACCGGGACACAUAUAGCGGCUGCUCGCAUUCACCCUGGGGAGAGCCGCAGAAGGAGAAGAGCCGCCUCGGGGGAGACCAGCAGUGCUGUUGCUGCAAAUUUGGAGAAAAGUUUUUGGGGGGGGUUGGCUGUACAGUUUUCCCUUCCACCUUCCUUUCCUUUCCCUGCAGACUCCCUGUCAGCCAGAAUUAGCACAGCGACAGGAAAAAGGGGUCACGCUGGAAGGAUUUGGGCGGCUUUCGUGUUGUUGAGACUUGGAAAAGUUUUGAGGAAUGGAUGUUUAUCAAGUGGGAGCCCAGUUUGCAUUCUAUUGACUUCAUCCUCCCUUGGACUUUCUAAACUUCCAAGAGGUGGAAGGAGUAAAACACGUCCGUGAGCACCAUAACAAGCAGAAGGACCCCAAAAAUCAAACCGCAUCUUUGUUGUCGUUUGUGCCUCCCGUCUUCAAUUGCCACCCGGGAUCCUAAAGUUAAUAAACAGGCGAAGGACUUUGAAGAAACACCAAGACUGAUUACAGCAUUCUUUCUAAAGCAUAAAAUUGAACUUACCAGAACUUUUUACUUUACCUAAGGGAAGAUGUGACUACCCAUCUGUCAAAGUCUUUCUCGAAAAUCUAACACCAUCCUCUCAUGCCAGAUGUUGUUUGCUUACAAUCCAAGUGCGCUUUCUCUGUGUUCAUCCGCCCCCCCGUAGUCUAAUGACACCUUCAUACAUCUGCCUGUACCUGAGUGGCAGCGCGGGUUGCUAGUGGACAGGGAUGUCAAAAGCCAUUACCCCAAUUCCCACUACACUAUUCGUGUCCACUUUUAUGCUGUCGAUGAGGUAAAACAAUUAGCAACCACCUCCCUAUUCAGCUACCCCCAUGAAAAGUUCAACUUUCACCAUAAACGCUCCCAUUUGUGGACCCACAUUGGUUGGAUUCUGUGGCAACUAGGUUCUUUUUAAUUAUCACCAUUAUCCAUCCAUCCAUUUUCUAUGCCGCUUAUCCUAAUUAGCGUUGCGGGGGUAUGCUGGAGCCUAUCCCAGCUGGCUUCGGGCGAGAGGCGGGGUACACCCUAACCAGCCAAUCGCAAACAAUCAUUCAGACAAACACUCAUUCACGCUCACAUUCAUACCUGUGGACAAUUUAGAGUCACCAAUUAACCUAACAAGCCUGCUUUUGGAACUUUUCAUCGGUGGCGCCCAGGCGAGCACCAAUCAGCGGGAGUUUUUAUUGAGGAUGCUAUUCAGUGCUAUCUCGCAGGUUGAACAUGGAGGAACAAAUAAUACUUGCCGUGUCAGAUUUCCCGUAACUAUUUGACAUCUUUCUGAAAGAAUAUAGAAAUAGAAAUAAAUAAGGAGCGGCAUGGGAACUUGCUGACGCCAGAGUAAAUAUAGCAGGUAAGUUUACACAGACAUUUAUGUAACUUUAUUCUGGAUACUAGCAACAUCUUGUACGAGCAAGAGUACACGAUCAACACCGGUCACUUUUCCUCCUCUCAAAUACUUCGAUACCCCCAAAUUCCCUCCAAAUCUGACAGCCAAUCAAACCCAUGGGAGACUCGUAAUUCGCUCUGGAUGCUCCCCGCUGUAGAUGGCCACAGCUGCUUGAGGGUAUGCUACACCUUGGCGAUGGGUUUUGCCAAAACGCAGUGGUUUGUCGCCUCCCGUGUGUGGAGCCCAUAACGCCCUACCCCCAUGAGAAGGUCAACAUAACACAAUUCACCAUAAUGCAGAAUACGUGGGAGCUCUGAGCCUGAAUGCAAGACGGCCCCUUUUGGGGGUGAUGAAAGACAAACGUGUCUGGUAGUGGGGCGCCAUCCCAUCCAUUAGUUAAGGACCCCAGAGUACGGGUUCUGUGGCAACUAAGAAACAUUUUUCCAUUUAAUUAUGACCACACAUAUUACAUAUUUUUUGAUUAUUUGAACGUUUUUGACCUUCAAAAUGUUCUACCCCGCUGUCCUCGCCUGACGCUACACCACAGCCCUGUACCCAAUGUUCCUUCAGUGGCCAGAUUGGCUAGAAAAACAUGACACAGGAAAGUUUGUUGGGAAACACAAGUCAUAAAUCAUGUGAAUGUUGUCAUUAAGAGGCGCGUCUAGGUCUGCUCUGACACAGCGUCGGAUUUAGCGGCAAUAAAUUCGGCUUUUUGUCAGGCGUGUUCAAUCAACUGCACGCUGCCAUGCAUGAUUGAUACAUUUUUUGUCCUCGGUUAUGUGAAACAAAAAAGGUAAAUUGAAAUUGAUCGUGUUGGAAAGAGAAAAUCAACUGAGCGCAAUGAUUUGACCCUUGUUCAAAAACAAGCAACAUUCAGUGAGACAUGAAUAAAUGACACAAGUCGGGAGCACUCGAUGUAAAAAGGCUUAUUAAUUACCGAGCCGCGAAAGCCGCGUUCAAGCCGCGAAACCACAAGAAGCAACAUUCUACUUAGCUUCCCGGCAUCCGUCAUACCUGACAUUUAUGGAGCACAAUUAGCUCCGUGUAAUGGCCUCUUUUUUUUUUUGUUCCCAGAGAAUGUGCAUACUCUCUGGAGUGUGGCCCUAAAAUAGCACAAGCACAUUAAUUUCAAUAAUAGGCAUGGUGUCAGCGGCAUGGAGUAAACCAUCCUCUAAAGAAGUCUCCAAGAGGAAACACUCCGAUGCUACAUGCUAAUUCCAAGGUGGACAUCUUUUUUCUUUAAAGGAAAACUGCACUUUCUUGGGAAUUUUGCCCACCAUCCACAAUCCUUACGUGAGACAUGAACACACACGCCUUUCUCUUUUCUGCUAACAUUUACGUUCUCCUAUCCCACUCCGUAAUGUUAGGUUGUUGUGUGUUAUAUAUCACAUCAGUUCACUUUUCCUUUAAUGCAAACAUGUGGUCUUUUUUCAGGAUUCAAAAUGGAGGGGCUGCGCUUCAGGCCAAAAGUGGUUAACGACCUUUCACCUCAUGCUUUAUGUCAUAUUGCGUGCAGGCAGCCUGCUCUUGUGCGAUGUGUUCAGGCUCGGUCGGGCUGUGGGGUUUUUUUUUGUGUGUGGUUUUGUUUUGAUUCUCCUCCGUCAUCCUAAUGAGCACAUGAAUGAAAGAUGUUUUAUGAUAUUAUUUAUGUUUGUAUUCAUGUUUUAGGAUUUGUGUGUGUGUCGGCAGCGUGUACAUACUGGAAAUUUAAUGGCAAAUAAAUCUGAAAAUAAGGGCCUUUCUUUCUUGAAAGCUCGCAUUUGUGUUUCUUUGGUGGAUCACGUUCAAACAAGGCGAGGUGAGAAGUGGCUCAGUCAGUCAUUGAGAUGCAUGUGUUGUCCUUAAAGCAACAGCACACUGACUCAUAGUGUGGGCGUUGUGUUCGCUGAGCAACGCGCACACACACAAACACACACUCAAUGUCACUACUACAUCAGAGAUGCUCGCAUGACGCUAACAAGCAAACAACAACAGCAAUCCCUUCUGGACGCUCGCAUGAUGGAGACUGGUUUCGG